CGAAGCGAGUUGAAGGGGCUUCUCCGCAAAGAAAUGGGUAACACCAGCCUUCAAUCGAGAAAGUCAGAGUCUAUAAUAACCGGCUAUUUGCCUAAUGAAGAAGUUUCGCCUUCAAAAUAUAAGCAGCGGGCUAUGAUGGAUUUUAACGUAACUGAUGCCGCUGAUUGCACCAUUAAAGCUGAAAUUCCUUUCUUUUUAUCCAACUCUCCCACAUUAUCUCCUUUAGAUUCUUCAACGCGUAACAAAGCAAUAAGUAAGCUCCCUCAAGCAAGUACUGAAAAAGAAAAUGCGUUAGUGCCCCAUGUUUUCCGGUGGACGCACGGAGGGAGCCACAUCUACGUGACUGGCACGUUUAAUAACUGGCGCGAGAGAAUCCCACUAAAUAAAAGUCGCGAAGAAUUUACAACCAUCAUCAAUCUGCCGCCGGGGACUCACCAGUUUAAGUUUAUUGUCGACAACGAGUGGAAAAUAAAUCCGGAUUUACCCACAAUGCCUGAUCGGUCUGGAGCUGUAAACAAUUUCCUUGAAAUCGGAGACGCAGAUGAAGACGAUUUCGACUUUGAGGAUUUUGUAUCAGCCUCCGCUCCUGCCAAAAGUCCGCCGGGGGACUCAGGUGGCUACAGCCAGACGAUCCCCAAACUGGACGGCACCAGCAAGCCGCCGCCCGUACUGCCGCCGCAUCUCAUGCAAGUGCUGCUUAACUGCGCGCCAGUCUCGCAGAGCGAUCCGUCUCUCUUGCCAAUCCCGAACCACGUGUUACUGAACCACCUGUAUGCAUUGUCCAUCAGCGACGGGGUGAUGGUGCUAGGGAUGACCCACCGCUACCAGAAAAAUUCGUUCCCGACAGACACCCAAAAGUUUCGAAGAUUGUUUCUCCGUGCAAAUAUUUCCAAGUAGUUACCUUAAAAAAAAAGAACCAAAUCUUCAAUCACGUUAUAAAUUUCUUCGGGCUUCUGGCUCUGUUUUACGGC